AUGGAAGCCCGGCUGUGGACUUUCGAUGACAUCAAGGACGCGUCCAGGAGACACGAAGAAUACCGCCACAGCGACAACCCGAUCCGGCACUACUUCUACGGCGUCGCCCUGGACAUGUCAGGUCAAGAAGAAGGUGCAACCGAAAAGUAUGACGCAUUCCGAGCCGAGGCCCAGCGAUUGUUUGGGGACGUUGAAAGCGCGGCAGCACACUACGCGGGAGAGGGAUUGGCGCUCAGAGGUGACGAGCGAAGCUCGGAUCACUACGCAAACAUGGCACGGAUUUUGAGAGGGUCUGUACCCGGGGCCGCCGGUCGUUCAAAGACGUGCGUCCUAAUGUAGCGUUUUAUACACAGUAGAAGCAAAUGGUGUGCGUACGAACAUUGAUUUUGCGGCCGGUUGUAUGUUUGUCUCCGACCAAAUCCCAGUCGAGAUUAGAUUGACACAAAGCAAAUUACAUUCUGAUGAUUGUAGCAUAUUAGCCACGAUUUCCUGAGGUGACGCAAUACCAACAUGUAAGCUUUGAGUGUUUCUGUGUUUGAAAAGGCAACCACGGCUCUUGCCAGAAUUAUGUUCAUGGUGUAGUCUAGGUGGCGAGCUCACUUCCGAGUUUGAGCUGAUGCAGUACCCACUUGUUAGAGGUAGUCGUUGUUGGUAUCCGUUCCAAGAGUAGGAUGAUGUUUGUAACCUAUAGACUAAUUGACACUUGAUGUAAACUGUCAUUGUUAUUGAUAAGAGCGGUGAAACCUCCGUCGAUCCUGUAAUGAUGGUUUAAUUGUUCUCCAGUUAGUGUUUGGCGUUUUUCCAUAUCGUUGCGAGAAAGGAGUGCCGUCUCGACAAGGUGUUUCAAAUAUGUGUAGAAACACAGGGACCCGAGAGGUCCGCCAGUUGGUCAAUGCGCGUUAGUGAGGGGCAAGUGUGCAUCGUUGCGCAGCCAAUGACAAACGCGUUUUGACGCGACUACUCGGUGCGUCCUACGACAUAUUCUGCAGCUAUCUUACGAGACCGACGUCGACAAUCAAGAAAGAGAGGUAGCUCGACAUCGGUAUUUCAAACAAAGGACCUGCGGUUGAGGGGGUAAAGACGCAAUAGUUGCGGUAAACAAGAACAAAAUAUAGCCACAAGCGAACCAUGAAGUGUUCGUGGAUAGCUGGUGCGCAUACCCCUGCAGAGCGCUGGGGCAAGGACUUCGACGAGUCCCGACUAAUAUUAUCGAGAAACCAGUCGCUCUACAUUCGAAAUCUAACCUCGAGAGCGUUAAGACGGUGGAAUGCGUGUCCGAAAAUAAGCGCUCCACACCUCUUCAUCCACGCGUUGUCGGUGGAUGCUAGACACGUCGAACUUGUUCGUGAGGUGGAUUUUGACACCCGUACGAAGGCUACUGCGGUAGUACUCAUGUGUGGUUUUGAGCUUUGUCUGUGCGCAAGUACGUGGCCGUCCAUUGUCAUUUGGAUCUUCGGGGUAUCUCCGGUAUUGGUAUCUUUGGCAAGUUGUCACGUUUUCCGUGCUGUCAUGUGUUCCGAGUUCCGAAUGUGCCUUGCGACUGUUGCUCGCGUGCCUCGGUGUUUGUGAUGCACCCUGGUGCCCACUCUCUUCCGUUGCUUGUGUCUACGUGGACGACCAAUGAAACGACUUUACCAUCU